CUCCUCCUCCUUCUCCUUCUUCCUCCCCUUCCUCUUCUUCCUCUGCCUGUUUCUCCUCCUCCUCCUCCCUCGCUCCGCCCGCUGCUGCUCCUCCCCGGUUCCCCCGCUCUGGGUUCUCUUCUCCCGCCGAUGCUGAGGGCGCUGUGGCUGCGGAGGGGCAGCCCGGGGCCGCUGCGGAGCACCCGCCGCCGCUUCUGGGGGUGGCUGAACGCCGUGUUCAACAAAGUGGACCAUGAGCGUAUCCAAGCCGUUGGCCCUGACCGGGCAGCAUCAGAGUGGCUGCUGCGAUGUGGUGCCCUUGUGCGUUAUCAAGGCUACGAGAAGUGGCAGCAGGACUACAACGGUCUCCCAACGGGGCCACUGGGCAAGUACAAGAUAGAAGCCAUCAAUGCCACCGAGUCUUGCAUCAUGUACAGAGGAUUCGACUAUCUAGAUGGCCUGGAACACGUGACAGAAAUCCAGCUGCGGAAGUGUAUUUACAUCCAGGACGAGUGCCUGCAGAGGCUCAGCGAGACGAAGAACCUGCAGAAGAGCCUCCUCCAGCUCAAGAUCAUUUCCUGUGGGAAUGUCACAGACAAAGGCAUCCUUGCACUCCACAAGCUGACGAACCUUGAAUAUUUGUAUCUGAGCGACCUUCCUGGAGUCAGACAGAAGGAAACCACUGUUCGUAUCCUUCAGCAGGCACUGCCGAACCUAGAGCUGGAGCUGGACUUGGAAUAACACCUCUGCACCUGACUGAGAUGGUUUUGAUUUCAUAGUAUUUAUCAUAUGCUGCAUAAAUUAAGCUGUAGACGCUGCUGUAUUUCCAGCUAUGGAAAUAAGCCUGAAUCUCCCAACCCAGCCUCAAAAGCUGGAUGCAGUUAAGCUGAAUUGGUCUGGUGAGUGAGGCACAGAGAUGGAGGCUUCUGUGCACAGUCGUUCUUUCUCUGUUUCUGUUGGAAGCUGUUAAUGCCUCAAUUAGAAGUUUUCAGGUGUUUCACUACACAGAUUCCCAUGCCAAGCAGCAGUGGGAAGGACGUCAGUGUGGUGACCCAACAGUGUGGAGAUGCCUGUUGUGCGGUGUUGAUGUUGGGGCAAUGAGAUAUGUUUGAGCCCAUCGCACAGGCUAUGGGUGCCGGUUUAAUAAACCAGGCCUGUUCCUGGUUCCUUCGCUUUGCCUCAUGGAGCUUUUGUUUUACAUGGAGUGAUCCAUAGCCAGGCAGCCUGACCUUGUGAACAGAGCUGAGGACUGAGCAAUUCUGUGUCUGUGGAGAAGCAGAGGCUCUUGGAUAUGCCCUGGCCCACAUUUGCUCUGUGCUGACACAGAGAGAGUCCUUUUUCUUGUUCCGGAGCGUCAGCUUGUCCUCUGAAGGAAACUAUGCCCAGCUCCAGAAAGGAUGACAUUGCUGCAUCAUGGGGAUGAUCCUUGGUCUCUCCUAGCACAGAAAGGGCAGAAAUGCAAUUCCCUCUGGCCUGCACUGUCCUGGGCUUUGUCGCGGAGCAGCCUGCCAGGCCAUCCGCUGCCAUCUUGCACAUACACAGGAUUAGGUGGCUGAAUAUCGUAGAAUCAUGGAAUGGUUUGGGUUGGGAUGGACCACAAAGCCCAUCCACUCCCACCCCCUGCCAUGAGCAGGGACACCUCCCACUGGAUCAGGGGCUCCAAGCCCCAUCCAACCUGGCCUGGAACCCCUCCAGGGAUGGGGCAGCCACCACUGCUCUGGGCAACCUGGGCCAGGGCCUCACCACCCUCAGCAUGAAGAAUUUCUUCCUUAUGUCUAAUCUAACUCCUCCACCUUCCAAUUUAAAGCCCUUCCCUCUUGUCCUAUUACUGCAUAAUCCAUACGGAAGAGACUGGAACGCCAAAGCUUUCUGAGUGUAGCCAAAACCUGUGGACACAAUGCUCAAGACUGAAAUACGUUAAAUAAUAAUAUGCCAUGCAAGGUAGCCAGGCACACUCUGAGGCUUUGGACCUGCCCUACUCAAACUGCUGUUGCUGUUCUUGAACACAGAUGGGGACUGGGAAAAGAAAACAUUUUUGCUCUAAAUUUCAAGUAGAAAGAAGACAUUCCUUACCCUGUAGUAAAACUUUCUACAGUAAAAAACAUCCAGUCAAUUGGAAGACCAAGCUAUAUAUCUUUUAUUCCAAAUCAACACAUUACAUCCUGCGAAUACCCAGAACCCCAGAAUCACUUAGGCAGGAUUCCUGCCUGUGUCUGGCCAAGGUUAUAAAUCAUAGUCAUCAAUUACUUUGAAUAAAAACAAAUGUCUGUAACGCUACAGGCAAGUGACUUCACUAGUGAUAGAAAGAGCAGAUGAAAACAAUGUCAUGACACAAGACAGAAACAGGCAGGAAAAACUCUGACAGAUUAAAGCAGCAGGAGGUUGUGCUGUUUGUGUGUUGUGGGAGCAGUGCCUGCUGAGCCUUCUGUUGGGCCUAAAUCAGGGCCAGGCCUUCUAACGCUCUGUGAUACAUAAAUCCAGAGGUAAAGUUAUCUACCUGUGCUUUCCAGCGGGUUUAUAAUGACCGGGAGCGGUCAAACAGCCUCUCUUCUGGCUCAGCUCCACAAACACACACAUCCCUCUUCUACUCGCAUAGGCGAUGCGUUGCAGGUCCUUGUGGGAGCAGUGACUCCAAGUGGUGUCACUGUUUGACACCGCAGGAUUCUGAUUUAUUUAUUUGGCAAAGCUGUGGUGCUUCUGCCAAGACUGAAACAGGGAAGCGAUAGGUAAGAGGUUUGGAAUUCACACUGGGAAUGCUGGGCUGCAGUAAACUUGAACCAGGGAACAAUCACCAAUUAAAGCACAACAAAUAUUUCCCUUUGUACACACAACACUGGCCAAGGUGCACUUGGCAUUCCCUCUGUGCAUCGCUUUCCUUCCAUCCAUAACCCAGAGCACAUUCCUUUACAGACCACUUCUGUAUGU